CCGUGAUUGGACAAAGUACCUCGUGACUGAAGUCGUCACACCCCGGAAGAAUGACAUGAUUAUUGUUGGCAGCAGCUCAGAAACGGGUGGAACUUUGUGGUCCAGAUGGUCUUCGCCGAACAGACCGGGAGCUCGGAUGCUGUCCGCUAAUUUGGCGCAUGGACUCGUGUGCGCGAACACCCCACACGGAAUUACCCCUCAACUGUAGAGACCGGAAAUGAUCGGCUCAACAGCGAACGAUGUCUGUCAGGCCCCUGUCCCUGAUCUGAUUGGAUCCACAUCAAAUAUAGGUAUCUUAAUGUAAAGAGGAUAAAAACGUUGGCUGGACCAUUAUGGCGUCUUACUUUGAUGAACACGACUGUGAGCCCACCAACCCUGAGGAACAGUAUCGGCAGAACGCCCUCCUUGAAUUGGCCAGGUCUUUAAUGCAGGGCUUAGACUUACUUGACUCAGGAGCGUUCGACUUGUCAGACUGGGAUCAACGCCUUCCCCCUCCAGCUGCCAAGACCGCUGUUCAGACCCUCACCGUGGUCGUCAUUUCUCCAGAGCAAGCAGACAAAGGACUGAAGUGUCCAGUUUGUUUGCUGGAGUUUGAGGAACAAGAAACAGUUCGAGAAAUGCCCUGCAAACACCUUUUCCACGCAGGAUGUAUACUGCCCUGGCUGGGCAAGACUAACUCCUGUCCGCUCUGUCGACUUGAAUUACCAACUGACAAUCCAGAGUAUGAGGAGUUUAAAAAAGACAAGGAGAGGAGGAAACAGAGGGAACACAGGCUGGAGGACCUACACGGAGCCAUGUACACAUGACAACACGAUGCUGUGGUGCAAGUUUGUAGCACAGUGAUGUUUUACAGAAAAUUAUAAAAAAGAAAAAUUAGAUAGCUUCAGGAAACACACAAUGCUGCAUUCAUGCCAUUUC